GCAGGCGCAGCCUUUUCGCCUUAACACGUGCUCGCAGAUAUAGACAUGAACCCAUCAUUUUCAUCAACUUUUGUUCGACCUAACCAGCCUUUGAGAAAGCCUUCUUCGAGCCCGGGAGCUAAUGCCUCCAUCAUGUCGCCUCCUUCAAGACCGGGCGCCAUUAGUCCAUCCAAACAUUGGACAAGCAUUGGAAACGGUUCUCCAACCAGCAUAAAUACAUCCCCAGUGCUGGGAUUAUCACCACCAGCACUUACUGUGCACUUGUGCAACUACUGUGGUCAGCAAGGAAAUUUUCGUUGUAAGCGCUGCAAGAAGAUACCAUAUUGCUCCGUGGUGUGUCAGACGGAGGACUGGAAAGCACACAGACACACCUGCAUGCCCAUUGUUCUCGAACCUGAAAAAGAGAAACCAAAGGAAAACUCAGCUUUUCCAGCUGCAGGAGACAGAGCCAGUCCAGCAGAAAUUAAGUCCAGUGAUUCAUUCAGCUGUAAGAAAGUCUAUCUAACAGACUUGGCUCUCACUAAAAUCAUCAAGGGAACAGAUAUACAGGCUUCUGUUCUUGAGUUUUACAACCCUGGUAGGUUUUUUGUACUCUCUCAAAGCCCUGAGGUAGUGGAAGCUUUGCGGAGCAUAACCACAGGACUCCAGAAAGCUUGCUGUGACCCAUUAAAGACACUUUAUAUACCCCGUUUUGGGGAGGUUUGCGCAGUUCAGUUUUCCUGUGAUAUGAACUGGUACAGAGGCCUUGUCCAGACUUUGGCUGCUGACCAGAAGAUGGCAAGUAUCCUUUAUAUUGACUUUGGCAAUGAAGAAAGUGUCCCAGUGGACAGGAUCAGACCGCUGCCUGCUAACGUCCAACCAUUUCCUCCAUGUGCAAUGGAGUGCCGUAUUGCUGGCGUGGUGCCGGCGUUUAACGGUUGGUCAGGCGAGUGCUGUCUGGCAGUGGAACAGAUGCUUGCAGGCAAGACUGUGACUGUUAAGCUGUUGGAAACCACGGAGGAUGGUUUUGUCCAUUUGGUGGAUAUUCUGCUUUCUUUAGGAAAGCAACUGAGCACAUUUCUCAUUGAAGGAGGAUAUGCACAGAAAGAAACUGUCAGCGCAGCACCUACAAAUGGAGAUAUAAGUGCUAUGUUAAAUGCAUCCUUUGAAAACUUCAAGUCUCUUUCUCACGGGAAAGAUGACAAUAAAUGGGCUCAACCUCCAGAGCCACUUGUACAGUCCAUAGGUGACGAGUUUUCUGUUGUGGUCACCCACUUUCAGUCACCAAAUGAACUUAUUGUGCAAAAGGUUGAAAAUGCUGGAGCCAUCCAGGAUUUGCAGUUUAAGCUGAGGCAGCACUGCUCUCAGGUUGCAAUCCCACACAACUUCAGACCUGCUCCUGGAACGGUUUGCUGUGCCGUAUUCUCAGAGGACCAACAAUGGUAUAGAGCUAUAGUUUUGGCGUAUCCAUCUGAAAAAUGCGUCUGUGUCGGCUACCUUGAUUUUGGCAACUCUGAGGAGGUAGAUUUAAACCAGCUACGACCUAUUAGCACUCCACUCCUGGCCCUUCCGGUGCAGGCUAUGCCCUGUGGACUAGCAGGAGUGCAGUCUGCUGAGGAGAGCUGGUCUAAAGACUGCCUUUUUGCUCUGCAGUGCCGCCUGUCUAACAGAAUACUGCACAUCAAGAUCCUUGGAGAGCAUCAGGGCAAGUUCUUGGUGGAGAUGAUCGACGAGGCCAGUGAUCCACGGGUCAAUAUAGGCGAGCUGCUGAUCUCUGCAGGUUAUGCUGCACCUGCUCCUGUCACAGCCAGCGCUUGCUUGCAAGCUGAGGACACGACUGCUGCAGCAGAACAAGGUGCUGCUUCCUCUGUGUCUGAGCAUCUGGUUUGGUCGGUUGCUGAGCUCCCCACGGACGGCCAGACUGUGGCGCUGCUCACCAGUGUUAUAGAAAACCCUGGACAGUUUUACUGCCGCCUCAGCAGUCCCACAGCCCAUCAGCAGCUAAAAGAACUUAGGGCUCAGAUGAAGCAGCAUUGUGAAGCUCAUUCCACCCCUUUUGUUCCCACCCUGGGAGAGCCCUGCUGUGCAGUGUUUCCUGGGGAUGGAGCUUGGUGCCGGGCCAUGGUGAAGGGACGCUCUGAUGGCAAAGCUGCAGUGAACUUUGUGGACUACGGUUACAGCACAACAGUGGAAAAUGGCCACCUGCGGCCCAUUACACCCAAACUUCUGACACUUCCUUUCCAAACAGUUUGCUGCUGGCUUGCAGGUGUGGAGCCUCUUGGUUCAGAGUGGAGCAGUGAAGCCCUCCUGUGGUUCCAGACUCUGGUGGAUGGCGAACCGCUCAGCGCACGCGUCCUUACUGUCACUGAGCAAGGGUAUGGUGUAGAACUGGAGUGCAGAGGCAAGAACGUGGCAGCUUCCCUGAUUUCUGAGCAGCUCGCUAAAGUUUCUGGAGGAACUUUCAAAGAGUCACCAGCAAAGAUGAGCUCCAUAACCAAACAACAAGAGGGCGUGAAGCAGAAUGAGGACAUAGUUCAAGCCUGUGUUCAGACUGAAGCCAGUUCUAAAGAGAGAAUGAGGGAAGAGCAGGCAUCAGAAGUUGCUUCUUUUCCAGUGGAUUGGAAAACAGUGGAGCUACCGCUUAACGAGACCUUUCAGCCUUUCAUCGCAGCAGCCAUUAGUCCUUCACUCUUCUACCUGUUCUGCCCUACUCAGGUGGACCAGCAGAAGCUUCAGGACGUGAUGAUCGAGCUGGCUGCCUUCUGCAGCAACAAACGGAAUACUUUAUCUGCAGCUGUAAACAUCAAACCUGCUCCUGGUGCUGCCUGUUGUGCUCAGUUCUCUGCUGAUCAUACCUGGUAUAGAGCAGUCGUCCUGGAAGCUGGUGAGACUGAGAUGAGCGUCCUCUAUGCAGACUACGGCAACAGUGAGAUGGUACCAUUCUCUCGAGUCCUGCCCAUCCCGGCCCACCUGUUGCAGCUUCCUUUUCCAAUAGUUCGUUGCACCCUCAGCGAAAAAGAGCACUUUCCUGCAGUUUGGCCUAAAGAAGUGCAGCAGGUGUUUCGGGCUGAGCUAGCGAACGCCGUCCUAGCCACUCCUCAGUCUUUUGAUGGCUCUGCUAAUGUGCUGUCCCUCACAUUGCCCACUGAGAGGGGUGGGGGGGACAUCGCUGCCAUGAUCCUGGAUUCAUUACAAACCCACUUCAAGAGAAAGCAUUCUCCAGAUUCCAGCCAGAGUGACAAAACUGGCAGCAGCGCUUCUCUGAGCUCUGCAGCUGCAGCUGCCUGCCCCCAGCCUGAGUCACCGUCUGACUCUCAGGAUCAGCUGGAAAAUACAACUGGGCCGGUUAAUACCACGGUGUCCAUUAAAAGCCCAGAGCCAACUGCAUCUGUUGGAAACAGGAGCAGAGUAGGAGAAGACCCUUUUAAGGAGAUUAACCAAGUGGAACCACUCAGCCAAAAUAGUUCCAAUGUUACUGAGCCGCAGACUUCCAGCUGCGACUGUCGGUACCUGAAGGAACAGAUCGGCAGUCUGGAACAUAUAAUGGAACAAAUGAUGGAGCAUAUGAAACAGAUGCAGCUGCAGUUUAUUCUCAUCAAAGAGCUGGAGAGAAACAAGAUGCACUAAACCAAGAUCUUAUCGU